AUGGUUCCGCCUCCGCCACCGGUGGAAAACGACGAAUCCUCCACGAAAGUUUCAAUUACAUCCCCCGCUAUAGAGUCUCAGAGAUCUAUUCCGACGCCGUUUCUAACCAAAACCUAUAGCCUAGUUGAGGAUAAAUCCAUCGACGACGUUAUAUCAUGGAACGAAGAUGGAUCCACCUUCAUCGUUUGGAACCCUACCGUUUUCGCUAGUAAUUUGCUUCCAAAAUAUUUCAAACACAAUAAUUUCUCAAGCUUCGUUCGUCAACUCAAUACUUAUGGAUUUAGAAAAGUAGUACCUGAUCGGUGGGAAUUCUCAAACGAUUGUUUCCGAAGAGGUGAGAAGCGGCUUCUAUGCGAGAUUCAACGCAGGAAAAUCUGUUCUGCUGUACCGAUGUCAACGUCUGUUGCUGCUGUUGCGGCGGUGGAAACCGCAACGGUUGCGGUUCCUUCACCUAUGCCGCUGACUGUAGUACCUAUAGCGAUGCCGAUGGUUUCACCGUCGAACUCCGGUGAAGAGCAUGUGAUAUCAUCGAGUUCGUCUCCGUCGCGAGCACCAUGGGAGAUUCUGGACGAGAACGAGAGAUUGAUGAAAGAGAAUGUUCUGUUGAACAAGGAGCUUGCUGAGAUGAGAUUGCUCUGCAACAAUAUAUAUACUCUCAUGUCAAGUUAUGCAAACAACAACAACAGUAAUAGUGGUGACAAUAAUAUUCAAACGGACGGUGGCGCGCAAGGAAGCAGAGAGUCAGGUAUGACUGCGGUGAGGCCGUUGGAUUUGAUGCCAGCGGUGAAACGAAGCUCCGGCAUGGAAAAGAUGAAUCCGAAGCUGUUUGGUGUUGCUAUUGGAACGAAGCGAACGAGAGAAAACGGUUGUGAAAGUGGAAGAGAUGAUACACUGCUGCGGCUACAUCAACCGGGUUCUACGGACGUGAAAUCAGAGCCGUUGGAUUGUCAGGAUAGUCCCGAUAAUGAUCAACCGCCGUGGUUGAACCGGUGUAAUAGAGCGAACGAGAGUUUAUGUAAAUGA